AAAAAAGUCAAAAUAAAUUUAUUGUUUCAUUGACUUGCAAAGUGUACAGUCAGGGUUAGAUAUGAAGUCAAUUAUUCUAUUAAUCAGUUUUUUGGCAAUUGCAAAUGCCGCGAAUAUUUUGUACAUUUCAAAUGUGCCAUCACCGAGUCAUUUUAUUUGGUGUAAAGCUAUUCUUCAUUCACUUCAUGAACGUGGACAUAACUUGACAGUUUUAAGCCCUGAUGUAGAAGAAUCAAAGCCAAAUUUGACAUUCUUGCAUCUUGACAAAGUUUAUUCGGAAAUUUAUAAUGGAACUGAGGAGAUGAAUUUUCUAGAAUUCAAUAAACUUGGAGCUAUAGAACUGUUCAAUGUGUAUACAGAUGUAUCAAAGAAAUCAUGUAAAGGAAGCAUUGAGUCUAAAGGAUUUAAACAGUUUAUGGAAUAUCCAAAUGAUUUUAAGUUUGACUUGGUUCUGCAUGAUAUUACGAUGGAUCCAUGCCUUCUGUUAAUUUUUUCUAGAAUUGGAGAUAUUCCGAUGAUUGGACUUUCUGCCUUCAAUUCACCAGGAGUACUUGGAGCUAAUCUACUGUAUCCUGCUUUCGUUCCUGCACAUGACUUGGUGUAUUCAGCAAAUAUGAACUUUUUCCAACGAUUAAACUCAUUAUUUGCUCAUUUAGUUGAAUAUGUUUUUCGGGACUAUAUCAUUGAUCCAGCAGUUGAUAAGAUUGUGCAUCAAUAUUAUCCAGACAUACCCAAUAUAGCCACUUAUAAGAAGAAUUACAAAAUGUAUCUCAUAAAUAACGAACAAAUUACAGAUCAUAAGCAGCCAGUCUUUCCUAAUCAAAAGAAUGUCGGUGGUUUACAAGUUAAGAAGCCAAAGAAACUUCCUGACAACCUCAAAGCAUUUGCUGACAGUGCAACAAAUGGAUUAGUUCUGUUCUCAUUAGGAACGAAUGUCAGAAGCGAUUCUUUGGGUGAAGAAAGUUUAUUGAAAAUAUUGAAAGCAUUAGGAAGGCUUAAUAAGUACAAGUUCUUAUGGAAAUUCGAGACAACUGAGAAACUUCCGAUUGAUCUACCAAAAAAUGUUAAAAUUCAAGCAUGGAUGCCACAAAAUGAUGUUCUUGCUCAUAAAAAUACAAAACUGUUUAUUUCUCAUUGUGGAUUGUUGAGCACUCAAGAAUCAUUGUGGUACGGAGUUCCUGUUCUCGGUUUUCCUGUAUUUGCUGAUCAGCCUCAAAAUGCAUUAAGAUUGAAGGAUCUUAAAGUAAGUGAGACUCUGGAAAUUCUCGAUUUUACUGAGGAUGGACUUUAUGAGACAAUUAAGAAGUUGCUGGAAGAUCCAAAAUACAGCAAAAAUGCUGAACAAAUUUCUAAAGCAUUACAUGAUCGUCCGAUGUCAGCUCUAGAGGAAGCAACAUAUUGGACAGAGUGGCUUCUUCGUAAUCCAGAUAUUGACCUUGAAGGACCAGCUGCAGAUAUGAAUUUAUUUCAAAGACAUUCACUGGAUCUUUAUACUUUUAUUUUGUUCAUUGAAUUAAUUAUUCUUUAUGUCUUAUACAAGAUUGAAAAGUUCCUUUACAAUUUAUUCUGUGGGAAGAAGACUAAAGUUCAAGUUAAGAGUGACAAGAAAAGAAAUUAAGCAAGAUCAGAAUUAAAACUGUCUGAAAAAGUUAAGCAUUAAAAAGAAAAGAAAAGCUUAUAAAUUUUUAUAGAAUAAAGGAA